CCAGGCCCACACCCAAAAUUCUUCACAAUUAGAAUAAAAAAGGAAAAAGAAAAAACAAACAAGAAAAAUAGUAAAACUACCUAAUCCAGAACUUCACCCAGAAUUUCAUCGAGCUAUCCAUUAUUCCAUCAAUGGCUGCUCCACUCGCUCUCUCCAACUUCCUUUCCUUCCUCUCGCCUCCCUCCUCCAUCUCGCCGCCGCCUCACGUCUCCUUCUUCCCUUCCACCUACUCCUCCCCGUCUUCGCUUGUCGCGGCGCCGCGUCGGUUCCCCGGCGGCGAGCUUUCUUCGGCGGCGUCCCCGAGCACUGUCUGCUUCAACUCGUCGUACAAUGUCCAGAUAGUGGUGGAAGAGAACGAGCCGGAGGAGAGGCUCCUGAACAGGUUCAGGAGAGAAGUGAUGAGAGCCGGGGUGAUUCAGGAGUGCAGGCGUCGGAGGUACUUCGAGAACAAGCAGGACGAGAAGAAGCGGAGGGUUCGCGACGCUGCCAAGCGGAAUCGCAAGAGGCGUCCAUUCUCGAGAUUUUCGAACCAGAGCACCGCGCCCCCAGGGGACGAGAACAAGAAAAACGACGAUGACGGAGACAACUGGGAAGUCCCAGCCGGGCCGAUUCCUUACUGAGUGUGCUUUCGUUCGCAGAUUCCUCUUCUUUUGUGAUUUGUAGAAUCUUCCUCCUCUGUGCAAUGUUAGAGGGCUCCUUAUUCAAACCUAACAAAAGAAAUGCAAGAGGCUCCUUCUGUUUUUACCUUUCCUGUUCUUCCCUCCCAGCCAUUGAAGUUGCUUCCUUUGGCUGACUCUCUCUCUUGUGAAUCCCCAUUUUGGAUGAUGCUUUGUGUCUUUCUUGUAUGUAAUGUUGCCAUGUUGGAUGGCUGUAUAGCUUCGCCUUCACUGUGACCUUGUGUAGAGAGACAGAAGUGAUCAUUGCUUUACCGGUUGUUGACCGACUCACAAACCUUUAAAAUCGGAGUGCUAGUUUGCUGCCUCGUCCUUUAACCAUGUCUAAUCCGUUGAAUGGAUUCAGUUUCUAACCAUGGGAAUUAAGCUUACUUCUAACA